AUGGAGCUGCCCCCAGGGCCGCGAGACGAUCCCCGCGCCUGGGAAGAUGACUCGGACCCGGAGUCCGAGCCCGACCCCGACGCGCAGGCCGAGGCUUACGUGGCCCGAGUGCUCAGUCCGCCGAAAGUCGGAGAGGGGCCCCCACGCGCCCCUUUGCCAAUGUCCGCGCCCGUCGCAUCCCCUGGCGCCCUGGAGCCGCGGGCGGCGUCCAAGGGUGCGCCCGUGGGGGUCCCGGGACUGCUGAGCCUUCCUCCGGAGCUGCUGCUCGAGAUCUGCGCCUACCUAGACGCGCGCCUGGUGCUCCACGUCCUGCCACGCGUGUGCCACACGCUGCGCGACCUCGUGCGUGACCAAGUCACCUGGAGGCUACGCGCGCAGCGCCGCGUGCGCGCGCCCUACCCAGUGGUGGAAGAGAAGGACUUUGACUGGCCGACAGCCUGCAUCGAGCUGGAGCAGCACCUGUCACGCUGGGCGGAGGAUGGGCGCUGGGCUGAGUACUUCUGUUUGGCUGAUGGGCACUUUGCUUCCAUUGACUCGGUGCUGCUGCUCCAGGGCGGUGCGUUCUGUCUGUCGGGCUCCCGAGAUCGCAAUGUCAAUCUGUGGGACCUGCGGCAGCUGGGGGUGGAACCCAGCCAGGUUCUAGUCAAGGCCUUGGGCUCCGAGAAGAACAGCACCCACAAGGGUUGGGUGUGGUCGCUGGCAGCGCUGGACCACCGCGUGUGCUCUGGUUCCUGGGACAGCACGGUGAAGCUCUGGGACAUGGCAGCUGAUGGGCAGCAGUUCGGCGAGAUCAAGGGCAAGGCGGCUGUGCUGUGCUUGUCCUACCGGCCUGACAUCCUGGUGACUGGCACCUAUGACAAGAAGGUGACCGUCUACGACCCCAGAGUCGGCCCGGCCCUGCUGAAGAGCCGACGGCUGCACUCCAGUGCGGUGCUGGCGCUGCUGGCUGACGACCGGCACAUCAUCUCGGGCAGCGAGGACCACACGCUCGUGGUGUUCGACCGCAGGGCCAACAGCGUCCUGCAGCGGCUGCAGCUGGACUCCUACCUGCUCUGCAUGUCCUACCAGGAGCCCCAGCUCUGGGCUGGUGACAACCAGGGCCUGCUGCACGUCUUCGCCAACUACAGCGGCCGCUUCCAGCUCGUCCGGUCUUUUGACGUGGGCCACAGGUCUCAGAUCACAGGGAUCAAACACUCACUGGGGGCCUUGUACACCACAUCCACCGACAAGACCAUCCGGGUGCACGUGCCUACGGACCCACCGAGGACCAUCUGCACCCGAAGCCACAACAACGUGCUGAAUGGGAUCUGCGCAGAGGGCAACCUGGUGGUCGCUGCCUCUGGGGGCCUGUCACUGGAGGUCUGGAGGCUGCAGGCCUGAGCAGGAGGAUGC